CUCUCUCCCUCUAGAAUUUGACCUCCAUUUUCACAGAAGGAAGAAAGGAAAGAAAAAAACUAUUAGACGCAAAAACAAGGGAAGAAAAAAGGAAAGCAAACAGCCCGGCAGCAGCAGAGCUGUCAACGUUUUCAACAACUUAGAGGGCAAACCAAAGGGAAGAAAAAAGAAAAUUCCUUUUUCAACUCUCUCCAUCUUCUCAACUGAUUGUAAUCCUUGGGGUUGGUUGCCAAUUUCUUUCUGGUUCAAACCUCAUCGGUAGUGGACUCUGCGUUUGGUGCAUCUGCUCUUUUUCUUAAACAAAUCAAAAUCUCCCCCUAACCAUCCAGAGAGAAGGGGCUCUUUGGUUCUCUAAUGGGUCUUGUUUGUUGGCCUCUCCUUUUCUAUUCAGGUUGUUUGUUGGUUUGACUCCGGUUGAAGCAACCCAUUUUUCCUUCUUCAGCCCCCUCUCUCAAAUGAGCUUUGUUUUGUUCUCUUGUACACUUUGGGGCACUAGUGAUUGUGUUAAUUGGAGUUGAAAACUACGAGGCUUUGUGCGGGCAAGGAAAAAGGGAGUUGCUUGAUAUGGUUGCCGGGGAGUAUUUGUGCUCUCACAAAAGGAGAGGUUUAGGGUUUGUGUAUUGGAUAGUCUUCUCUUUGUGGUUUGGGUUCGUGGUUCUGCUGCGUCCUGUGGUGGGGCUGAGGCCCUUGAGGGAACAGAGACGAUCAUGGGGCGAUGAGUGGCUAUUUGUUAGGAAAGAAGAAAGUGACCUGGGCCCAUUUUCUGCAUGGAACAUUACAGGAACUUACCGAGGGUCUUGGAAGUUCCUUGAUUCUGCAAAUAGCUCUUCCAGGUUUCCAGAUUUCAGGAAGUCCAAUGGCGAUUCUGUAAUUGAGUUGGUCAGCACACAGACCAAAAUUACUGGUGUUCACUAUGUCCAGGGUGUAAUUAUUUUCCAUGAUGUGUUUGACAAUGAACACAAUGUUGGAGGGGCUCAAAUCAGGGUGGAAGGUGUUUAUAUAUGGCCAUUUAGACAGCUUCGGAUGGUGGCUAACAGUAGAAAAGAAGGGGUAUUAGCCCAGGAAGACGAUUACAUCUUGUCUAAUCCGUAUCAUCUGCUUGGAGUUUUCUCAUCUCAGGUUUUCCAAGACUCUCCAAAAGAAAAGAUAUGGAGAAGCAAAACUUCACCAAUUAACGAGAUGGAGAAACAUUGCAAUAUUGAAAUUGCUGCCCAAGUUACACGAGUCUCAACCAACCAAAAUGAUGGAGAGCAUGACCGUUAUCACUUGGAAGGAUUAAUGGAGAGUCCUGCUGUGGAUGAUGAUGGGGAAUGCUUCUCUCCCUUGUUGCUAAAUGCCACUUCCGUGAAUAUUGAGGUGUACUACAAUAAAGCAGUGAACUACACCUUGAUGGUCACUUUUGUUUCUUUUCUUCAAGUGCUUUUGUUGAUACGACAGAUGGAACAUAGUAACACACAGUCGGGAGCUGCCAAAGUUUCAAUUUUGAUGAUUGGGCAGCAGGCCAUCAUGGAUGCUUAUCUUUGCCUUUUACACCUAACUGCCGGGAUUUUAGUUGAAUCCUUGUUCAAUGCUUUUGCUACUGCUGCAUUUUUCAAGUUUGUGGUCUUUUCAAUUUUCGAAAUGCGGUACCUUCUAGCCAUAUGGAAGGCAAGCAGGCCUGCCAGUAGUGGUGAAGGUUGGGAAACAAUGAGGCGUGAGCUUUCAGUAUUAUAUAGUCGGUUUUAUGGGAUUCUUCUGGGAGGCAUUCUGCUUAUGUACGAGUUCCACAAUUUCCUGAGGCCACUUCUCCUCCUAAUGUACUCGUUUUGGAUACCUCAAAUAGUUACCAACGUUAUUCGCGACUCAAGAAAGCCAUUGCAUCCUUAUUACAUCUUAGGCAUGACUGUUACUCGGCUAGCAAUCCCAUUGUAUAUAUUCGGAUGCCCUAAUAACUUCAUGAGGAUCGAACCAGACAAGACUUGGUGCACAUAUCUGGUUAUAUUUGUUACCCUGCAGGCAUCAGUUCUGCUUCUUCAACACUAUCUAGGAUCCAGAUGGUUCAUUCCUCGCCAGAUUCUACCCGAGAGAUAUAGCUACUACAGGAAAUUCGAUCAGGAAGAAAAUCACGCGACGGAUUGUGUGAUUUGCAUGACCGGGAUUAAUAUGAUGCAACGUCCCAGCGAUUGCAUGGUAACGCCUUGCGACCAUUUCUUUCACUCGGGUUGUCUACAGAGAUGGAUGGACAUUAAGAUGGAAUGUCCAACUUGCCGGCGCCCACUGCCACCAGCCUAGCUAGCCAUAUUUUUGUUCAUACACUGCAUAGGAAACUAAUUGACAUCACCACCCCAAUUUGGUAAGGGAAGGGAACCGCCAAAGAGCCGCCAGAUUUGUUAUCUUUCAUUCAGACGCACGAGACUGAUUUUGGGUUACCCCCAGGUUGGUAGAUGAACCCUGUACUCACUUUCGCCCUUUCUGCCCCUACCUUAGAGAGGGUAGCUUGAGGUACAAGGCAUAAAACAAAACAUUUCACGGGGAUGUUUUUCUGAGAUUUAUGAUGUACUUUGACACACGCCUUCUCGUAUCAAUUGUAUAAAUAUAAGUGAAACCUUUCGAGGAAAGGCUUCACAUUUGCAGCUCGUUUUCAUUCCCAACGAUUCCCUGUAUUCUCUCUAUUGGCCAUUUAUUCCAACAGAUGUCAUAUCUCUGUUCGUAUAUAGCAAGCAGAAGCAUUGAAAGAAUCUAGUCUUCUCUGGCCUCUGCUGCUCUUAGUGUGCGUCUUACAGGUGAUGUUAUUUUCUGUGAG